UGUUGUAGGUUACCAGACUACAUAUGUGUAUGUGAGUGAUGUAACCUUUACAAGAAAAAAUGAUAAUGUUAAAUGCGAAGGGUGAGAGAAAAAUAAUGUUCUUUUCACAACAACCAUCUGUUGCUGUUGGUUGCCAGUGAUUUGGACUUGAAAGCGCCCAUCUUUUCAUGUCCAUUGACAUUGAUAGUUGAUACAUCACUUGGCUUGUUCAUGUCUUCUUUUGACUCUCUCUUUCUCUGCUCCUCUUCCUCUUUCUUCAUCUUUGUCAAGCACUGUGUUUAAGUCUUACUUCAACGCUUAAACUUACUCACUCACCACACCCCUCACACUCAUUCAUACAAACAAAGAUGGGAUCUUUGGUUGCUGAAACAGCCAAGAAGAAAGCAAUGUGGUUGUAUCCAAAGGUUUUGGGUUAUAAUCCUUCUGAAAGAUGGGGUCACUCUGCUUGUUUCUCUGGGGGGCUUAUGUAUGUCUUUGGGGGCUGUUGUGGAGGGCUACAUUUCGGAGAUGUUCUUUGUUUGGACCUUGUGAAAAUGAACUGGAGCAAGCUUGGCACCACGGGUGAAAAGCCAGGUCCUAGAGAUAGCCAUGGUGCUGUUCUUGUAGGGCAUAGAAUGAUAGUUUUCGGUGGCACCAAUGGGAUAAAGAAGGUGAAUGACACUCAUAUAUUGGACCUUGUUACCAAAGAGUGGAUUCGUCCUAAAUGUGAAGGGACACCUCCUUCACCAAGGGAAAGUCACACUGCUACUCUAGUUGGAGAUGAAAGAGUGGUGAUUUUUGGUGGCAGUGGUGAAGGUGACGCAAACUAUUUAAACGAUUUGCAUGUUCUAGACCUUCGAAGCAUGAGGUGGAGUUCUCCUCAGGUAAAAGGCGAUUUGCCUGUCCCUAGGGACAGUCACAGCACUCUUGCAAUCGGGAACAGGCUUUUUGUGUAUGGUGGAGACUGUGGUGAUCAGUAUCAGGGUGAUGUUAAUGUGCUUGACAUGGACACAAUGACUUGGUCAAGGUUGAAAAUUCAAGGUUCUUCCCCAGGAGUCAGGGCAGGUCAUGCUGCUGUGAGCAUUGGUUCCAAGGUGUACAUCAUUGGAGGGGUGGGAGAUAAACGUUAUUACAAUGACAUAUGGGUGUUUGACAUCUGCACCUGUUCCUGGGCUCAGCUUGAAAUUCGUGGUCAACCGCCACAGGGGCGAUUUUCUCACACAGCUGUUGUGGCAGACAUGGAUAUUGCCAUAUAUGGCGGGUGUGGGGAAGAUGAACGUCCGUUGAACGAGUUGCUGGUGUUGCAGCUUGGAGCAGAGCAUCCAAAUGGACGCUACAACAUUUCCAUGUGCAAAGUUUUUGGAACUUACUGGAAUCAAGAAAAGAGGAUCAUACCUAGAGGAGGAGCUGAUACAAACUCGACAACUCCAUUCCCGGAGAACCAUAUGGAAGCCAUAGGAAAAUGGGCUAAUGAAGUUGUGUUGGAUAAAGUACAACCUUGUAACAUUGAUUCAGGCACUUCACAACAGAAGAGGAAGAGAAUUGGUUUGGCAAAGGCGUGGGAUGUUGAAUCAGAACAAGAAGAACAUUCUCUUUCACUGUCCCAGCAUUCAUCUCCUUCGCAAUCUGAUCAAGAACAGACCCCAGCUCAGAAAGCAAAUGUUUCUAACAUGGAUUCUCAGAGGUAUCAAUGGUUCAAACAGAUGAAUAAAAGUCCAAGCUAUUGCCAGCUCGACAAUGAUUCAAGUAACACAACAUUUUUUAAGAAUCUCACACAAAGAAGUGUUCAUCCCAUGAAACAUCAACCUAAACAAGAGCAGUAUGUUCACAUUGAUUAUGAUAGAAAAGUACCUCGACACACUCAACACCUGAUUGGUGCUGAAGUUCGGGGAAAAGUUGAUGGAGCCUUUGAUUCAGGUUUACUCAUGACUGCAGUAGUUAAUGGAAGAGUUUUCAGAGGAGUAUUAUUUGCACCAGGUGCUACAGUGUUGUCCACAUGUGUUGAACCAAACUGUUGUUUAUCACGUUCGUUUCCCUCCACUCAAGCAUUUAUGAACUCAAAUGAUGCGAGGGAUUCGCACCAAGUAACAGAGUCCUGCCAUGGCUCGAGGCAACCUCAAGCAUCAGCAAUGAUGAGAGGCCCUACUUCUGCAUCUUUAGCCAAAGAGCAUCAAAUGAGGAGUGACCUUCAAGGCUUGGUUUUGACUCUUGGAGGGCCUGCAAGUGGUAACCAUGCUUCAUCCUAGGAUGAAAUAUUGUUGGGGAGGCUAAUAAGGUUCAUGUAAAUUUAGGAAUAAUCCUUUUGUUCUUCGAUGGUUAUGCAUUUGUUGAAUCAACCUUGUUUUGUGUAAUAGCAUUUGGUUACUUAUAUAUCUAUAUUUAACUAUGUAUUAAUAAAAUUUAGUAUUGUCU